AGGGCGUAAAAAGAUUGGAGCUUGAAGAAGAUGAAGCCUAUUUUCUGUGGCAACUUGGAUUUUGAUGCAAGGCAAUCGGAUGUCGAGCGGCUUUUCAAUAAGUAUGGGAAGGUCGAUAGGGUGGAUGUUAAGUCUGGAUUACUUGGAAUGUCCAUGCUCUUCUUGGAUGGAACUGCUUGUCUGCAUUUCUUUUCUAGCAUGUGGCACGGUUCAGUUUAUUUUUCGAGAAGAAUUAAUAUGAUCUGCCCUAGCCCUGCCAUCAUACUUUCCCUCAGACCAUUGCUUUUUCUUUCCUCAUGACUUUUCCUCCGUGUUCAAUUACCGACAUGUUCCAUCAUAGAUUCCAUGAUGAUAUCGCAGCCAAUGGCAGGAUUUGCCUUUGUCUAUAUGGAUGAUGAGCGAGAUGCUGAGUAUGCAAUUCGAAAGCUUGACAGGACAGAAUUUGGUAGGAAGGGACGCCGUCUUCGUAUUGAGUGGACCAAGCAUGAACGCGGGAUUAGGAGAUCUGAUGAUUCAAAAAAACCACCAGCGAACACAAAGCCCUCAAAAACCCUGUUUGUUAUCAAUUUUGAUCCUAUCCAUACCAGGACAAGGGAUCUGGAGAAGCACUUUGAUCUAUAUGGGAAAAUAAUGAACAUAAGGAUUAGAAGAAAUUUUGCAUUUAUUCAAUAUGAAUCACAGGAGGAUGCUACCAAAGCAUUGGAUGCAACAAAUUCAAGCAAGUUCAUGGACCGCGUUAUUUCAGUGGAGUAUGCUGUUCGUGAUGAUGAUGAUAGAAGAAAUGGCCACAGUCCUGAUAGAAGGGGCCGUGAUACGUCUCCUGAGAGGAGAAGAAGCAAUGAUCGUGGGCGAUCUCCAAGUCCAUACCGCAGAGAUAGGGCUAGUCCGGAUUAUGGCCAUGGUUCCCGUCAGAAUUCUAGAGCUGAACCAAGAAGAAGUCCCGAGUAUGAUAGAGCUCCAAGAAGAAGUCCUGAUUAUGAGAGAGCCGCAAGCCCAGUCAAUGAUAGAUACCACAGCCGUUCACCCCCAGCGCGGGAAAGAUCUCGAUCCUGAGAACCAGUAGUGGUUAGCUGAGCUGGUCUUCUCUCUCAUUUGUACUUCUGUUGUGGGCAAUGACUCAGUCGUAGUUGACAUUCUUAAAUUUGAUUAUUCCCUUAUUGUUAAGUAUUCAGAUACAUGGCGAGUUUGAACAGCAGUGUGCUUUGUGCUUUUUUCUUUGGGGUCUGAAACUUUAUUGAAGUGGUAAAUUCGAAGUUUAUUAAGUAGCCAAUGAUAUGGUUUAUUGA